AUGGUUACCCUGAAACUGAAAACCUCUGAUGGCUUCAGUCAACACAUACAGGCGCGCCGACAGGCGGAACAGGAUACUUUAGGUAAAUGCAGCAGCGGGUCGGUGGUACUCGGCGCCCGUCACCGGCUCCGCCCCCAGCCGGCGAUCCGGGAGCCGGCGAUCCUGGAGCCGGCCCCGCUCCUCCCCGGCUGCGCAGCGGUGACCCGUCACCCUGCGGGCUCCGCCCUCGCCGCGGUUGCGCGCUGGGAGCGGAGCGGUGCGGGGCCGAUGCUGCGGGGGGCCGCGCUGCUGCCCCGCGCCCUGGGCGGCGGCUGCUGCUGCUGCGGGACCCGCGGCUGGGCGGGCGCGGCGGGCGGCGGGUCCCUCCCGCGGGCCGCCCCGGGGCUGCCGCCGGGCCGCGCCUGGGACAGGGACCGGCCCGCGGCGGUGGCGGCGGUGCCGCCGGGCGCCCGCGGGCUGCGCUGGGCCGGUAAGCUAUGCCAACAUGCCCCCACAGAGACCUCCCAGGCCACCCUAGCCAGCGUAUCUCCUGUUUUUGCAGUGAUGAAGUUUGACAAAGAGGGAAAUACUACCUAUUUUGAAAAGAAGAAGACAGAAUUGUACCAGGAAUUGGGUCUUCAAGCACGAGAUCUGAGAUUUCAGCACGUAAUGAGCAUUGCAACUAGGAACAACAGAAUCAUCAUGAGAAUGGAGUUCUUGAAGGCUGUCAUAACACCAGAGUUUCUGCUGAUACUAGAUUAUCGUAAUUUGAGUCUGGAACACUGGCUCCUCAGUCAACUAGCAUCUCAGCUGGCUGGGGAAGGUCAACUAGUUACAUAUUCUCUGCCCUUUGAAUUCCGAGCCAUAGAAGCAAUCCUGCAGUACUGGAUCAGCAAACUGCAGGGGAGACUUAACACUUUGCAGCCUCAGAUCCUUGAGACACUGGAAGCUCUAGUGGACCCCAAGCUUUUAUCUGUGGAUAGGAGUAAACUACACAUUCUCCUGCAGAAUGGCAAGAGCUUGUCAGAACUGGAAACAGAUCUUAAAGUUUUCAAAGAAACAAUUCUGGAGAUCUUAGAUGAAGAAGAAUUAAUAGAAGAGCUCUGUCUAUCUAAAUGGACUGAUCCACAAGUAUUUGAGGAGAGUAUGUCUGGGAUUGACCAUGCAGAGGAAAUGGAGCUACUGUUGGAGAAUUACUACAGACAAGCAGAAGAUCUUGCAAAUGAAGCUCGUGAACUCAGAGUACUGAUUGACGACUCAGAAAGCAUCAUCUUUAUCAACCUGGACAGGUUAGGUCCCUGACCUGUUGGAUUGCCAAAAACUGAGCAGCAUUUAAUGCUACCUAGACUUUCUCAAAUCUGCUUACAAGGGAACUUGGGGAAUUUUGCCUUCAUGAGGGUUUGAAUAGACUUGCAGUCACAGCUGUGCUGCACGUCUCUUACCAA